CGUGAUCACCAAGGCGGGGACUCCGGGCCGAGGCCCUCUCACUGCACUCCGGGGGCGGCUGAAGCCCGCCACUAGCUCAAAACGAGUUAGAUGGGGAGUGAUAUUUUUGGUAGCGGGUGAUUGCGUUCGCGCAGCGCCCCUUUAACCUUUAUAACGAACAACAGAAUCACAAAGAACACCAAAGACGCUAUUGAAUUUGAUUGGUGAUGGUUGAUUCAAUUGUCUUUUCAUUUGCGUUUUAAUUGUUACAAUUUUUGUUGUUUUUCGUUUAUUCAAAUGUGUUUGUUUUCUGUUAACCUUUAAUUGUAUUUGGAAUCACAAGAGGCCGCACUUGUUGAAUUUGUUGAGUUUGUUUUUCUUUAAUUGUUCUGUUCGCCGCAAGGAUCGCAUCACUUCACAGUUGAGAUUUUCAUUUGUUCUUAUGUUUAUACAUAUGUAUUUCUGUUCUUUGUGAUUAAAUUUCAAUUAAAUUUGUUCCUUUAAUUGUUGAUCAUUUUUGUCUUCAAGGUAACCUUCAAAUUAAUCAACAAUAAUCGUUGAUUGUUAUUAGAAAAUUAAAUUCUCACCUCAUCGAAAAAUUGAUUCUUAUUGAGCUCUUUUCUUUAUCUCUCUCUCUCUCUCUUUUUCAGUUUACUUUCUUUUUUCUCUGUCUUUCUUUCUCUUUUCUUUUCAUAAUUCUUUCUCUGUGUCUCUCUUUUUCUUCUCUUUCUAUUGAUCUUGCUCUUUCUUUCUCUCCAUUCUUGGUCUUAUUUUCUCUCAUAUUUAACAAUAGUCACUAAUUCUGUAUCUCGUUCUCUUUGUUUCGUUCACUUGAAUCAUUGUGCUUGUUCACAUAGGCUGUUGGCAGUCUAUUUUCUCCAUUCUCUGAAAAUCCUUUGUUUUAUCAUCCUUGGUAUACGUUUCUGUUUAUUUAUCUUCUUUCCACUUGUUUGAUAAUUAACUGGACAGCAUCACAUUUAAGCCGAUUAAACAUGGCAGAAACUGUUCUCAGAUUUGGGCCUGAAUGGCUUCGUGCUUUAACUGAUGGAGGAGUCAGUCACCAAAAUGCUUCUGCUAAUCCUGUUUCCAAUCAUCAAAAUAUCCCUUCAUCAACAACUAAUCUAACAAGCAACAGCUCGCUACCAACUCUUUUCCCAAUUAAUAAAUAUAAACUGGCUCAAUAUCGUUACGGGCGUGAGGAAAUGUUAGCUUUAUUUGAUAACAACGUCGAUAUGGCCCUCGAAUUGAAAGAAAUACCGACCUUAACGGUAGAUAAAUGCCAGCUACCUCUUGCUCUCAUCCCUAUGAAUGAAGAUGAACAUCGUUUGUGGUCUAGGUCUGUGAACAGUGAGGCCAUGUUGAGGCUUAACAAGAUGAAUGCUAAUGCUGGUAAUGCUGAACGUGACCGACCAGAAAGAAGUGCCACUGUGAGUGGUGCUACACCUAAUGAAAGGACAACUGGUCCUGCCAUACGAACCAUGAGAGGAGGUAUGACUGCUGAAAGAAGUAGAGGACGUGGGAGACCUGCUUAUUAUCAAAGAACUGGUCCCUAUGAUGAAAAUGGGGAAACUGGUGAACCAAGAGAUGCCUUCAGAAAAAAUUAUGAAAAAAGUUCUAGCAUUAGUGAAGACGGGCCCAGGGAAAAAAGCUUUGACAGAUCUUUGUCUAGAGGGGAAAGUAGUGAUGAAGGAAACAGGAACAGGAAAGACGUUAGACUUGCUGAUAACUGGAGAUCAGGUGGUAGAAGUGAUGAUCGUAAUAAUUGGAGAGCUCGUGGCAGAACAGAUGAUAACUGGAAUAGAAAUCAUGACUCUUGGAGAACUGAUGAUCGUGAUGGAAUAGGAGAGGAUCAGCAACAUCGAAAUGGUCCAAUUAUGCGUCGAGGUUAUGGAAAUCAUUAUAAAAGAAAUUCAGAAGGUUGGGAUGACAUGGAUGAUGAAGAACGGAAGAGUAAUCUGCCUGAAUGGAGCUUGGACGACGACAUGUCUUGUGAGGCCAGAGUGGGAACGUUCGAUGCGUCUGGAGCGUUUCGUGAAGGAAGCAUGGACGAUGAAAUCAAAGAUAAUCCACCUGGUCAUAACUCUAAAGAUCAUAAUGAUUUAAAAAAGAAGGUGAUGGAUCAUAACAACUCAGUUAAUGACAAUGUAAAUAUGGAUAAGAAUGAAGCUCCACCGGAUGAUUCUAAGUUACUUGUUGACCUGGACGAUGAUGAACUCAGCGCUCCGCCAUUUGAUGACAAUAAAAUUAUGACUGGUCCGCCGAUAUCAAAAAUGUCCGAUAACAAUAUUGACUCCCAGUUUCAGCUACAAUCUCAGUUAUCCCAUCAACAUCAGCCAUCUAUAUUACCACAGAUUCAGUCUCAACUUCAAAAUCAGCAAAUGACUUCUCAAUUGCAUCCAGCUUUACAACCCUCUCUCCAAACUCAGCUCCAGCCACAGUUUCAAUCACACCUUCAGCCUCAAAUGCAGUCCCAAAUGCAGUUGCAAUCCCAAUUACCUUCGCAGUUACAGCAGCAGAUUCAGUCUCAACUUCAACCUCAGCUCCAAAAUCAACACCAACCUCAAAUACAAUCUCAACUUCAGUCUCAGAUGCUUCACCAACAUCCUCCUCAAGCAUUAUCUCAACCUCAGCCACAAUCUCAAAUGAACACUCACCAUCACAUUCAAACUCUUUUGGAAAACUCGCAUAUUAACCCUAAUCAUAAACCUCAUCAUGAAGAAGAUGGUUUGUCUCAUUUAGAAAAGGCUGCUGAAAACAUGGUCGCUCAAUGGACUUCGGAAGCGGAUCAAGAAGAAAGGGUUCUCAGGGAUAAACAGAGUAAUAAUAUGACAGUUGUUCCUCUUCACCAUGAAGACGCAUAUAAAUGGUUUUAUCGUGAUCCUCAGGGUGAAAUCCAAGGUCCAUUCUUACCUCAAGAGAUGUAUGAUUGGUUAGUUUCGGGUUACUUCACUGUAGAUCUACUAGUCAGGAGAGGCUGUGAUGAAAGAUUCUCUCAAUUAGGAGAGUUAAUUAAGGGAUGGGGUCGAAUGCCUUUCAUUACUGAUAAAAAUCCUCCUCCAGUAGUUAACAUGACACAACAAACACAACCCAAUAAGUCUAUCAAUGCAGAUGCGCUACCGUCUACUUUGUCGCCAAAUUCUCUCUACUCACAAAAUUUUAGACAACAGCAGAUUCUUCAACAACGCCAACAAGAUCAGAUACAGAGACAAUUUUUUUUGAACCAACAACUACAAAUGCAAACUCAGUUGCGGCAGCUUUUAGAUCAACUGAAAAAACAAGAUGGAUUCUCAACAUUAUCAGCGCAAGAACAACAGUGUGUCCUUGUCCAGCAAUAUGUAACCGCUCAGCAUCAAGCAGAACAGAGGCGGAUGCAACCAACUCCACCUCAACCGACGAACAUUCCUGACGAACCGAAAUCAGUGAUGGAACAAUUAUCUAGACUUGGUGUGCCAGUUGUUCGAAGUGGUCCACUUCUUACUCAAUCAACACAAAGUAUCUGGGAUUUAGGGAAUGGAGGAGUAAUAACUGCAUCUGCAUUGGAAGAAUUACAAAGACGUGAGCGUGAUAAAUUAGAGCUUGAAGAGAAAAAGAAACUUUUAGAGAAAGAGCAAAUUGAAGCACAUAAACGAGCGGCAGUCGAAGCUCAACGUAAAAGAGAAGAAGAACAAAGGAUAGAAGAGUUGACCCGUAAAUUAGAGCAAGAAAAGAAACUCAGAGAGGAAUUACUCAGAGAUAAGGAGGAGCGCCGAAGACGAGAAGAAGAGGAUGAAAAACGAAGAAUGGAACAAGAAAGAAUCGAGCUUGAAAGAGAAAAGAAAAGACUGGAAGAAGAAAGACGAAAACACGAGGAAAUGUUGAGAGCUGAGGAGAUUUUCAGGAAACGGAGAGAAGCAGAACGACAACGACUCAUGAAAGAAGCUGAAGAAGCCGAAAUAUUGAGGCACCAAGAACAGAUGCAACAAGAACUGGAUCAAGCCCGGAAACCGAAUCAACUAAGCCAACAAAAACAAAACCAACUACAAAAACAACUUCUGCAAGCUCAGCAAAACCAACAAGUCAAAGAGAGGAAAGAAAACCAAAAACAGGUACAAAACCAACAGACCCAAAUUCAGAAAGAAUCUAAGAAAAUCUGGCCUGAUCGAACUAAUUCCGAUAAAGCUGAUGGUUGGUCCUUUGAUAGCGACUCUCCAAGUCCUGACGCAAAUUCAUCUUCUAUAAAGUUUCCUACGCAACAAAUUUGGAAAUCAUCUGAAGACUCAGGUGAUAAAAAUUCUUCAAAACAAAUUUGGGGUCAAGCUUGUCAAACAAAGAAUUCAACCAUAUCUCUUGCCGAAAUUCAAAGACUCCAAGAGGCCAAGGAAAAGGAAGAGAAAAUUAAACAAGCUCAACAAACUGAAAGGCAAAAUAUUUAUUUAGAAAAACAAUCAAAUGCCCAACAGUUAUUUGAGCAGCAGCAAAAACAGAAAAACCAAUUGACAUGGGCUAGAAGUCAUUUGCAACAAGCUCAAGCACCAGUGAAAACGUUGGCCGAAAUUCAGAAAGAAGAAGCUCAGAAACUUGAGAAGCAAAAGAAAAGUGAAGAGAAAAACGCAGCAGUUAAACAAAAUACGGUUACAAGUUGUGGAAUCUGGAGUAACGCGGCCAGUCAGUUAUCUUGGAAAGGGUCUUCCACCAAUGCCUGGGGCCAAUCUUCUAUUAUUACAGGUUCUUCGAAUCAAACAUCUUCACCGGGGCCAAAUUUUACAGGUAACAUAGGAGAAGCUUUUUGGGACACCCCAGCCCCAAAAGAAAGCAAAAAUGCAUCUAAGAACCAAGAAAGUAGUGCCUUGCAGCACAACAUCAAGUCCAGUGGUGGAAAUAAUAAUGGGGCCAGUGGCAAAUCCAAAUCUCGAAAAGAAGAGGAAGUUGUGAUGAAACUAUUUAGUAACCAGCGUCGACAAAAGCCUGACGAGUUCACCAUAUGGUGCACUGGAGCGCUGAGCAAAUAUAAGUCAUCUAUUGAUAUUCCUACGUUUAUUGCAUUUCUCAAAGAUGUUGAAUCUCCAUUUGACGUCAGUGAUUAUGUGAACUCUUAUCUGGGUGACACUAAAGAAACAAAAGAUUUUGCCAAUCAGUUCUUGGAGAAAAGGUCAUAUUUCCGCAAUCAAGCUAAAAAAGAAGCAUCAGAGGAACUGAUGUGGGGACCAGCUCCUGCUAUAACUCCGUCCGUUAAUAAAUCAUCACACAAUAAUCCGUCAUCCAAUAAUAAUGGAGGAGAUGGUAAUUCUGGUGCCGCAUCAAAGAAAAAAAAGAAAAAGGCGAAAAAAGUUGCUAAUUCAAUCCUAGGAUUCACUAUUCAAUCUGAUCCUGACAGAAUUAAUGCAGGAGAAAUUGAAACAGUGGAUAAAUAAAUGAACGACACUUGAUUCUGUUAGAGAUUAGAAAACGAAUGACUUUCAACGAGAACUGAAACGAUGUGUUGAUCCAAUAGUAUCUUCAGCUAUUAUCGCCUUUCUUCACGAUUAUCUCUCAUUUGGUUCUCUUUCUCGUCUUCGUCUUAUUCUCCCGUUAAAUUGCUGCAAAAGAUUAUCUUAAUUAGUCUGACUCCUCGUGACUGAAGUUCAUUUAACUAAUCUGUUAACUUUGAUUUGCGCUUUUCUUAAACCAAGACUUAGCUUAUCAAAUUUCUUUCGUCUACUCACCAAGACACUUUAAAAACAGAAAACGAAUUAAUGUAAGGAAAUUAUUCCAUCAAAACACUAAGAAACAUCAGUCAGAAUUCUGACUAAGAAUCAUCGUUAAAUUGAUUGUAAAUUGUUGUAAAAUCCUAAUGAUAAGGCAACAAAUUUUUUGAAAGAUUGAAAUCAAUCAGAUUAUUUGGUAAAAAAAACAGUUAA